AUGUCGGGGGAAUUUGGCGUAGAGAACAAGCUGUGUCCUGAGGUUCUCAAGUCGCUGGUUGCCUGGUACCAUAUUAACCCUAGCUUAAACAAGACUGCCAAUGGAGAUUAUCGGAAGGAGCACAGAGAGAGGAGUCGCAGCCCAAUAGAGAGGGCUGCUGCCCCAACAAUGAGCCUUCAUGCCAAUCACAUGUAUGCCUCAAUCCCAAGCUUGACCAUGGAUCAACCUCUAGCACUGACCAAAAACAGCAUGGAUGCAACCCGAACAGUUGGCAUCACACCUACACUGACUUCUGUGGAACGGCAGCAGAACCGUCCAUCCGUAAUCACCUGUGCGUCUGCGAACAACCGGAACUGUAACCUCUCUCAUUGCCCCAUUGCUCACAGCGGCUGCGGGUCAGCAAUGCCUGCCUACAGAAGACCCUCUAGCACUACCACUGCCUGUGACCCAGUGGUGGAAGAGCACUUCCGCCGAAGCCUUGGCAAGAAUUACAAGGAGCCUGAGCCAGUGGCAAACUCUGUGUCCAUCACAGGAUCAGUUGAUGACCACUUCGCCAAAGCACUUGGGGAUACGUGGCUUCAGAUCAAAGCUGCGAAGGACGGAGUCUCUAGCAGUCCUGAGUCUGCUUCACGGCGGGGCCAGUCUUCCCCUUCCUCUCAUAUGGUCAAUCAUAAUCACUCGCCCUCUGUGGUCUCAUGAAGAGAGGACCGUUACGUUUGUGAAUUUGCAUGGUUUGACUGAGCUUUGAACAGUGCUUAAAAUAGUGUUGGGGGAGGGGAGAUUAGUUUUCAACACAUGUUUUUGUGUACUCACUUUUUAUUUGUAAAAGGGUGCCCUUAAAGAUGAUAGCAGGAACUAUUUCAUAAAGAUUCAUAUGAUGUAGCAUCCUUUUUUCCUGCCUCAAUUACCAAAGAAACCUCUGAUGCAAAUCUGCUGCCCCUUAAAAAAAAUAAUGCACGCUAAUCCACAAAAGCCAUUACACUUAGUUGGUUGACCCAAAUGCUUUUUGCUUUUAUUAGCUUCUUGAGACUAGAAUUUGUCUGGUUUGCUUACUUUGCCUCUUUUUUUUUUCCCUCUGUGAAGUAAUUUUGUAUGUAUAUACUUGAAAAGAACUGUCAUGUAUGAUUUGCACUAUUGGAGGAGGACUGAAGUUGCAUAGCAACUUUCUGGAAGAUGCUAAUAUUUUGAGGGCAAACUGCUGAAAAAAGGGUUUAAGGAUGACAUUUCUAUCAGUUUGAUUUUUCUUAAAGCAAAACAGCUUUGGAAGGGGAAGUCUCAUACAGGUUAUAGGUCUUUCUCUCUUUAGAUUUCAGGUGCUUAGUGCUUGCAACUGGACUGCAUAAUUUACAGAACACGGGCAUUUUUUCCUAAACACUGCAGUUUGUUAGAAUAGAGCUGAGGUUGGAGGGUUCAAUAGUGCUUAACGAUGCAUGUUUUAUGAAAAAUAGCUGGUAUCUAUUAAUGUAUAGACAGUAAGGAUCAUAAUACUUAUUAGCUUUUCUUCAGAAUUAGUUUAUUUUUGUCAGUAACAAUCCUAGAUAUACUUACUGCUGGUACAGUUGUACUCUAUGAUAUUUGUAUUUGAUAUUCACUUUAGUAGCAGCCAGCAAAAGAGGACAGCCUCCGGACAGGCCUCAAAUGACGCAGUUUAGAGAUAUAUGAUGCGUGGUACAGGAUGCUAUAGCUUUGCGCAUGACUGAGUAAUUGUUUCUGUCUGCAGCACCGUCUGCUUAACGGGAAUUUGCUUCCUAAAACUAAGUCUGUGUAAUCCACCUUUAACUAGCUGCAGAAACUGCUACUGUUACGUAUCUUGGCUGGACAACAGAUUGUUACAGUUUGUGAAAUAUGAUCUUUAAUUUUUUUAAGCUUAUUCAUAAACCUAUGCCAAGUUGCAGCAUACAUUCCUCCAUUAGAAAACUUUAUACAGGUAUUACUGCAUUUAUUAUCAUUUGCUAUAUUAAUAGCUACUAACUAGAAAUUAGGCAAUAGAGGCAGGCAUAAACCCACAGCUGUGCUAGUACUAAGAGCUUCUCUUCUUCUUGUUAAGUGUAACUACUCUCCCCCAUACAUUCCAUCUUCCCAGUACAGUUGCAACUAGGGCUUUUUUUUAUGCUGGGUUACCUGAAAUGAUUGGUUCAGUGUAGAAAGUUAGAACUAGUUGGAAGAUGAACUACACGUGAUGUAUUAUGGACUUAUGGACUAUGUUACAGUAUUGGGUCCAUUGUGGCUUUUUAUUUUAUGGUUUUUUUUAAAGUUAAGCUAUUUAAUCUGGAAAAAGGUGCAGGGUAGAAAGAGAUCAGGAGAUUGGCUCUUACUCUUGUUGAGAAGGUGGCUGCUCAAUUUUCUUUAAAAAA